AAUGUCUACAAAUCACUGGAUGAUCACCGUGGUUGCUGGUUUGUCAAAUUUUUAAUUCUGUCAACGUGUAAAACCAAACACUUCAACAAAUUUAUUUUUGAUAGAUUUUUGUCAUUAAUUGGGUUCUUAGACUAGACAGACGCUCAGUUGAACAAAAUGGAAUUCCAAGUAAUCUUCACCGUACUCUUCGGCACAAUAGUCACCAUUAACGCUCUAAAACAGGGAGAGUGCGAGGUCUGUAUAAAAGCCUUGGACAAAUUCUCUGCAACUCUGUCAGACGAUGUGAAAAAAGACCCAAAACAGAUAGAAACCAAAUUUAAAGAUUUUUGUAAAAGCACGAGGAACAAAGAAAAUCGAUUUUGUUACUAUCUGGGAGGCCUGGAAGAAAGUGCUACAGGUAUCCUAGGAGAAAUGUCGAAACCCCUCUCGUGGUCAAUGCCUUCAGACAAAAUCUGCGAGAAAUUGAAAAAGAAAGAUGCUCAAAUUUGUGAAUUAAGGUAUGAUGUCGAGAUUGAUUUGAAGACUGUGGACUUGAAGAAACUGAAAGUUAGGGAUUUAAAGAAAAUCAUUAAUGAUUGGGGCGAAGAUUGUCAAGGGUGCAUAGAAAAAACUGAAUAUAUUCAAAGAAUAGAGGAGUUGAAACCCAAGCACACAGAGUUAUAAAUGUGUGAUUAGGAGAAUUAUUGGACUGAUUAUUUAUUGUUUCUCAGAGCCGUAAACGCACUCAUUUUCUUGGUGACUAUCCAGUGUUUAUUUAGUUGUGCAUGGAUUUCUAACAGUUCUGUUCUUUCAUUUGUGAUUAAGUUAGAAAUGUGUUUAUAUUUAUAAUAAAUAUGCAGACUUAUGUAAAACAAA